AUGAUGAGAAUGGAAAUGAAUGAUGAAACGAAUGAAAUAAAUCACACAAAUAACAUUCGUAGAAGUAUAAAUAAAAUUAUACUUAGUGCUAUAGUAAUGCUUGCAGUAGCAUUAUCAUGGGCAUUAAGUACACAAUUUACUAAAUCAAUUUGGGUAAUUAAUUCGAAAUAUUUUUAUGCACCAUAUUUUAUGGUUUGGUUUAAUACAAAUUUUAUGAUGGCAUGCUAUCCUGUUUAUUUAUUAUUUGCUAAAUUAUUUUAUCAUUCAUCAUUUACUACCAUACAUCAGAAAGCAUUAUUGGUCUAUGGCGAAGCAAAUAAUCGUUUACGAUUAUAUUUUAUACGAACGAGCCUAUUCCUAAUGUUUUGGCUCAUUGCAAAUUAUUCAUACUCACAAUCACUAGGCCAUAUUUCAGCUAGUGCUACAUCAUCAAUAAUGAGUUCAAAUACAGCUAUGGUUGUUAUUUUUGGAUGGAUUAUUCUAAAUGAUCAAUUCAUUCCAUUUCGACUAAUCUCAGUAGCAGCAGCAAUAAUUGGUGUUACUGUAAUUUCAUUAGAUAAAGAAUUUGUUGGUAGUAUUUUUGGCAUAUCAUUAUCAGUACUUUCUGCUUUAUCUGCUGCAUUAUAUAAGGUUUUAUUCAAGAAAGUAUUUGGUGAUGCGACAAUUGAGCAGGUGUCACUUUUUAUGAGUGGUUUAGGCUUACUUAAUGCAUCACUUAAUUCAUUACCAAUGAUAAUAUUACUCAUAAAUGGUAUUGAAACAUUUACCUGGUUCGAUGUACCUUGGUUUUCACUUCUUGCUGUUGCAUUUUUAUCAUUGUGGUUUAAUUUUCUUAUAAAUUUUGGAAUUGCUUUAUUGCAUCCAUUAGUAAUAUCUAUUGGAAUGCUAUUUGGUAUUCCAAUUAGUGCAGCUAUUGAUAUUAUCUUUCGUCAUAUGACUGCAACAUAUUAUUUUAUCAUUGGCGCACUACUAAUAUUAUUUUCUUGUAUAAUUGUUAUUGUACCAGCAGAAUUAUUUCAUUGCUCGUUGAAAAUGAAAGUGAAAAAAGAUGGAAAUCAAAAUUAA